CCCUGGUACCCAACCCGACUCCUCGACGUUGGUAUUAACUCAGACUCUCUAAUAAAGCUCCACACUACUUCAUUCUCGGAGCCACAAGGACCUUACCUGACCCUCAGUCAUCGAUGGGGAGGUGAACAUGUGCUUAAGCUUAUCUCAGGCAAUCUAGAGUCUUUCCACAAUGGAGUCGCUAUAAACAGUCUGCCGAGGACUUUCGCAGAAGCAGUGGAGAUAACGAGACGCCUAAAUAUUCGGCACUUGUGGAUAGAUUCGCUCUGCAUCAUACAAGAUUCCAUCGGAGACUGGAGAAAGGAAUCCUUGUUAAUGGAGAAAGUCUACUCCCAUACUCAUCUCAAUAUUUCUGCUACGGCUUCCGAAAACUGCCACAGCGGCCUCUUUCGAUCCCGGCCACCAAUCCCGGACUGGCCAUGGUUUGUGGACCUUACGGUCGAGGAACACGGCAAAAAGCGCUGCUUUAUUUAUCCCAGCAAUCUCUUAGGCUCUUUAGAUGAUCUACCUCUUAACAAGCGUGCAUGGGUCUUGCAAGAGCGAAUUCUUCCAACCCGCAUUCUAUCCUUCUCCGAUACACAGCUGUUUUGGGAAUGCCGCAAAACACAAGGCUGUGAAAUGUUUCCGGAACAUCUCCCCUUGACUGCUUGUGGUGAUGCGGCUCUGUCUAGAUGCAUAGAGCCAUCGGCCAUCGAAGAGAGAUUACGGUUUAAUUCGUCAUCAGGGAACUACCUGCCGCCUUCGCAAUACCCGUACCUUAUGUGGUAUUUUAUUGUUGAUAAUUAUAUGACUUGCGGUCUCACCAAAAUGGAGGAUAAGCUUGUGGCUAUCAGCGGGCUUGCCAAGCGUAUCUCCAAAUUAGUAAAUGACGACUAUUUGGCUGGGUUAUGGCGGAGUACGUUACCUACCUCGCUUGUAUGGGAAGUGUCAAACUGCAUACAGUCAGACGGAACAACUUCCUCUCGCCCCCCGCAGUAUCGAGCACCGACUUGGUCCUGGGCAUCGGUUGAGGGCAUGAUU